CGCGCGCGUAUAUGAGUGUGUGUGUGUGCUGGUGUAAAUACGACUUUGUGAUGGCAGUUUUGACGCCUUCAGUCUGAAAGUUGGGGCGUUGUAGUCGGUGUCAAACUCCGGUUUGACCGUCCGCAGGCGCCAUGGGGAACCGGUGGACUCGCAGCGGCAGCAGCUUGUCACUCCUGCCGGAGAGGCAGAGCUCCGGGCACCGGGGAGAGGAUAGAGACUCCGAUAAUGACUCUUUGGAUGGGCUCGGUAGACGGGAGGACAUAGCAGAGUUCCCGUACGUGGAGUUCACCGGGAGAGACAGCAUAACAUGCCCGACAUGUCAAGGCACUGGACGGAUACCCUCAGGUCAAGUGAAUGAACUGGUCGCAUUGAUUCCAUACAGUGACCAAAGGCUACAGCCCCAAAGAACGAAACUAUAUGUUGUCCUGUCGGUUGUGGUCUGCCUCCUGGCUUCCGCGCUCGUGGCCUUCUUCCUCUUCCCUCGCUCGGUGGUCGUGGUGGAUGACGGGAUUCGCUCGGUGACCGUGCGCUUCGACCACUCCAACCAGAGGGUCCUCAUGAACAUGACGAGCACGCUGAACUUCAGCAACCCAAACUUCUUCUCGGUGCUCGUGCAGAGCGUGAACUGUCAGGUUCUCUACAUGAAGACGGUGAUCGGGACUCAGCAGCUGGACAACACCACCACCAUCCUGCCGCUCAGUGAGAGACAGGUAAACUACACCGUCAGCGUUGAGAUCGGCAGCAGCGCAGCAUACGUCUAUGCCUUCUGCACCAUGCCCAGCAUCAAGGUCCACAACAUUGUGGUGUUUAUGCAGACGGCGGUGAAAACCUCAUACAUGGUACGAACCUCCCAGAACAGCCUGGAGGCCUAUCGCUACAUAGACUGCGGUUCCAACACCACGUACCACCAGAAAACCCACCAGCACUGGCACCAUUCCUCCAACCGCUCACCAGCCACAUCCCUCAGCCCCCCUCUGCUGUGACGGGGGGGAGGGGGGAACCACAGUCCUAACAGAGGAAGGGAUGGAUCAUUCAGCACACACUUCCCAGACGGAUUUUGCUUUUCCUUCUCGCAGAUGGAACCACCAGCAGAAGCAAAAAAAAACCCAAAUGGUGCUUUUUUUUCUCUCUCUUAAGCUUACACAGAACAGUAACAGCUCGUGCCAUUGAAUGAAGCGUCUUCCUUAACAAGUAUGGGCAAAGAAAGGGAAGAGAAGAAGGGAAUCGAAUGUUUUUCUCGCCACGUGGAACGAGGGCAGCUAGGUGAUAUUCUGCUUUGCUUACUCAUCACCUCUCAAACUAUUUCAUAACUCGCUGACCUCAUGAGUCACAUGAGGCAAACGAGUGAGUCACCGACAACGAGCUCUCUCUCUCUCUCCGGCCCUGUUUUGGAAGCAGGACAAAUGUCAAGAGAGGGAAAGCUCUUUUUCUUGUCUUAAAGGGAUCACGGUUGACAUUCCUCGCUGACAAUGAAGCUCCAGAGUCGGCGAUCUUUAAUUUAAUUAACCCUGCAGAGCUCCCGUCUGCGUCUGCUGCAUUCUUCAGCACAGCCGGAGCGACCUGAAGACACUUUAACACUGCGUAGACUGAGAGGCUGCUGAUGUUUUGGAAUUAAUAUUUAAUGCAACUGCAGGAGGGAUCAUUUAGGGAUUGUGUUUAAAGUAUCUGGAAAAUGAUACACAUUGAUAAACUUAAUGCUUUUUGCUGUGUUAUUUAACUAAAUUUGAAACUGGCAUUUACAAAAUUUGGACGUUUUUAAACGAGUGAUAAAGUUACUCCGGGGUACCUCUCAGCAAGUCUAAACACACUGAUUCUUUUUUUUUUUUUUUUUUUUUAGAUUUAGGAUUUCCAGAUUUGCUUGAAGGCAUCAGCAAAGCUUGUGUGUUGAUGUGAGCCUGAGAGUAUUCUGGUUAGUGUUUUUUUAUUCAUUGACACUCCUAGCUAAAUUACUGAAAAGCACAUUUGUACCUCAUAUAAUAUAUUCUGUUGAGCAUCUGCGUACAGUCCAGAUGUGCAGCAUGUCCUGCCAACAGCAUUUAGACAUGGAACAGAUAGAAGAUUGACUGAGAACACACUAGAUUUUACACCAUGUAACAUCUGUAUUCACAUCUGUGUAUUUAACUCAACUCCUCUGUGGCUUAAUCAAACCUUGGACGCUUCCGCAGAGCAUUUCAAACCAGUCAGUAAAUGAUCUCAGAGAGGUUGACUGAAGCUUUACAUCAUCACGUAUUCUCAAAUGACUCUGUAUAUUUAUAAGCUCCACUUCCACCAUAGAAACAGGUAUUGAAAGAAAUUGAUUUGACUUUUUUAAAAGGGAAAGUUCUCUGUACAUUUUUGCAUCAUGAAAUGAUUUUACCUAAUUUUUUUUUUUUUUAAAGGGCAGUAUAUAUUUUCAAGUUCUAAAAAAAAGUCAUUCAUGUGGAUUGUGAAUAAAUAAAAUGAAUAAUAGACACCAGAAUUAGUUUGUUGUUUUUUUAAAAUAACCAACCCAGACACAUUUUAGGUACCACAUCAUUUUCAGUUUAAUUCUAUUCUUCAUUUUUUUUGCAUACAAAAUAGCAGAAUAUCCUUUUCAAAACAAAACGCUUCCUUUUUUUUUUUAAAUGUCUCAUACGCGGUCCUAUAGCUGCAUGUGAAAAUAUAUUACUACAUAAUAUAAGAGAUCAACAGAGAAAACAGACCACAAUAUAUUAUCGCUGUAAUACAAGUAGUGUUUUUUUUUUCUAGCUUUUUACCAAAACAGGCGACACACUAAAAUAAAUGUGUAGUAAAAAAUACAAGAAGCAAUAAGUACAAAAAUAUAGCUGGAUAAAAAGCUUAUUAAUACAAGAGUGCUUUGUCUUUGGUUAAGUACGUCUGUCUUUGCUUGUGUGUGUCUCCGCUCUGUUAACUGUGUGGAUAAGUGACAGUCGUGCAUGUGGAUGAGUUUAAUAAUGAACGCGCUCACACCAAACGAAAAGCGUGACCCGGUGAAUGAACGCCAAACAUUUCACGGCAAUGGUGCUUUAACACUGUACGUCCUUCCUCGUCGAGCUUUUUCCCCGUUUUCACUUUCGCGUUUCUUUAAGAGUCGGACGUUACCGUUUAUCCACCUGAAUCCCCUUAACGCACCAAAACCCUUCAACACACACACACGCUUCUCCUUCUCUCUUUCACACACACACACACACACACUGGUUAAAGUUUAAAAGAACCUCACAUUCGUGUUUGCUUUCGUUAGAGAGUUAUUUCUCUCGCUCGCUCCGAUGAUUAAAGUGUGAAUGGAAACAACAACAACAAAAAAAACAUGAUUGUCAAUUGUGAUUACAUGUGUUUGUGUAUGUUACAUGGUAAAGGUGCUGCAGAGUGGCUGUAAAUAUGCUGUACAUACAUCUGGAUACCUGAACACCUCUACAUAUAGAAACUAAAUUACAUCAUCAUCAGGGCUUUGGUCUCUUUUUUUUUUUUU